CUUUCCAGACCACAAAAAUAGACCGUUAAGAGCCAUACCAGUUGUGUGAUGUGUGUGGGGUUUUUUCUUUUUUUUUUUCUUUUUUUUUUAAAUUCCUCUGGCAACAAACCACUCACUGGGAUUUGACGGGCGUUGUGGUCCUUUUUUUUUUUUUUAAGCAUAUUUAAACUCACACUUUGUAAUGAGGAUUUCAGUGCAGGGUUUUUUCUGCAGAAUACCAUUUGAUCCUACUAAGAAUUGUCUGUUCAAAUGUUGGAGCACUUGAUUGAAAAAUCCUUCUUAGCUUUUUUAAAGAUAGCUGACAAUGACUAGAAGAAUUGAUUCUUUCUGAGACACAUCAAAUCACUUUCCAUAAAACCCAUAUCUUGCUGUUCACUUGUGAAUAAGAACCAGAGUUCUUGGAACCCGGGAGUUUGAAAGGAGCAGGUGCCGAACCUUUACUUUUUCCCUGAACAAGAAAAAUGGGCUGCGAUCGGAACUGUGGGCUCAUUACUGGCGCUGUCAUUGGCGCAGUGCUGGCUGUGUUUGGCGGUAUUCUAAUGCCAGUCGGAGACUUACUUAUUAAGAAGACAAUUAAAAAGGAAGUUGUCCUUGAAGAAGGUACAACUGCUUUUAAAAACUGGGUUACAACGGGCACAGAAGUUUACAGACAGUUUUGGAUCUUUGAUGUGCAGAAUCCAGAGGAAGUGAUGGUUAACAGCACCAAUGUCAAGGUUAAGCAAGUGGGUCCUUAUACAUACAGAGUUCGUUAUCUCUCCAAGGAAAACAUAACCCAUGACCCUCUGAGCAACACAGUCUCUUUUGUACAGCCCAAUGGUGCCAUCUUUGAACCUUCCCUGUCAGUUGGGUCAGAGAAUGACACUUUCACUGUCCUCAAUCUGGCUGUCGCUGCUGCAGCCCAUCUCUAUCCAAAUCCAUUUGUUCAAUCGGUACUCAACUCAUUUAUCAAAAAGUCAAAGUCAUCUCUGUUUCAAAGGAGAAGUGUGAGAGAACUAUUGUGGGGCUAUAAGGAUCCGUUCUUGACUUUGGUACCAUAUCCAAUUUCUAGAACAGUUGGUGUGUUUUAUCCCUACAACAAUACUGCAGAUGGUGUUUAUGAAGUUUUCAAUGGAAAAGACAAUGUAAACAAAGUUGCCAUAAUUGACACUUACAAAGGUAAAAGGACUCUCGGCUAUUGGCCAAGUUAUUGUGACAUGGUCAAUGGUACAGAUGCAGCCACAUUUCCUCCUUUUGUUGAGAAGACCCGGGUACUGCAAUUCUUCUCCUCUGACAUUUGCAGGUCCAUCUAUGCUGUGUUUGGAGCCGAACUUGAUCUGAAAGGAAUUUCUGUGUUUAGAUUUAUUCUUCCACCCAAGGCCUUUGCAUCUCCAGUUCAAAAUCCAGAAAACCAUUGCUUCUGCACAGACCCAGAGAUCUCAAAUAAUUGUACAUAUUAUGGUUUGCUAGACAUUAGCAAGUGCAAAGAAGGAAAACCUGUGAUCAUUUCACUUCCUCAUUUCCUACAUGCCUCUCCUGAAAUUAGAGAAACUAUUGAAGGCUUACAUCCAGAUGAAGAAGAACACAGCACAUUCUUAGAUGUUGAACCUAUAACUGGAUUCACUUUACAAUUUGCAAAACGGCUGCAAGUCAACAUAUUGGUCAAGCAAUCAAAAAAAAUUGAUGUUUUAAAGCGCCUGACUAGGAGCUACAUUGUGCCUAUUCUUUGGCUUAAUGAGACGGGUACCAUUGGCGAUGAGAAGGCAGACAUGUUUAAAAGCCAAGUGACUGGAAAAAUAAAGCUCCUUGGCGUCGUAGAAAUGACCUUACUCGGUGUUGGUGUGGUGCUGUUUGUUGCAUUUAUGAUCUCAUAUUGUGCAUGCAAAUCUAUGAGAACAAAAUAAACAGCAAAUGAAUUUUUACAUUUAUGUACCAGCAACAUCAAGACCUUUGUGAAUACUGACCUACAAAUGAAGAUUUAAUACGCUUUAUUUUUUCAAAACAUACCUAAUCUUAUAGUUGAUGAAGUGGUGGCACCAUUCAUUUUUGCAAUAAGCAGCAAUACAAUUCUAACGAUUAUUAAGAUGUCAUUAAAAUCCGUAAUCUGAACAAGUAACCAGCACCUUUUAAAAUUCAUCUUGUGCACAGUUUCUACGGACCAGGUUCUAGCAGGGACAAAUUAUUUUUAUUUGGUGCCUAUUCACUAAUUGAUUCCCUGGUGACAAAAUCAGCAGAGGAGUGGACAUUUUUAACAAAUUCUGGACCCUGAACUCUUCUCUUUCUCAUCAAGGGAAAACAGCAUCAUUCUCGGCCGUGUCCCUGUUCCGUUGCAACAGACCCCAGGACUAUCAGUACAUUGCAUUUUCAUGAGCAUCAUUAUUUUGAAAGACAUUUAAGAAUGGAAAAUAAAUGAUUAGCCUGUGCGUUAUUUAUUAUAUGUUACCUAAAUCUCCUUCUCUCUGGGAUUCUUUGCAUAGCAACAGCAGGCAUUAUAAUUAUGGUCUGACUUUAUAACAAUAUGGGCUUGUAUUUUUAACACUGAUGAUGCAGACGGGAGUCAUUGGUAGCACAUUUUGGCUCUCCAUGUUAAGGUCUUUGUAAUUUUCCACAUCCUGCAGCUCUUCUGGAAAUCUGAGUUGAUUAUGAUCUUUCUACUCAGUUACAUACAACUUAUGCUUCAUGACUUCAGAAUGCUGUCCUAGUAUGAACAUAUGUAAAUGAGAAUAAAGGAAUUAAUGUAUGAAUGAUGACAAAGAAGAGAAUGCAUUAAUAGCUAUUUGUUGUAAUCAUUUUUGCUUUCAUUGUCACCUCAGACAGAAUGAUUUCAACCAUUAAAAGUUCUUACUUAAACUCCU